GCCAAGACUCCCACGACGACGUUAUGCAAAGUUUGCAUCUGACGUUCAAUUGAUGUGAUGACGUCGUGACCAAACGUGCUGUGAGUGACGUAGAGGGGCGGGCAUGCAGGAGCAGGAGAUCUCUAUUGGCUCUGGCAUUCUUUUGGUGGAGCCAUUUUAUGGUGGAUCUCACAAACAGCUCGUUGAUCUACUGGAGAAAAACUUUGUUGACUGCUCAGUCUUCACCCUUCCUGCCAAGAAAUGGCAUUGGAGAGCAAGAACCGCUGCACUGUAUUUCAGUCAGGCCAUUCCCUGCUGCACUUCUUACAGAGUCCUGUUUUGCAGUUCCGUUCUAAACCUAUGUGAGCUUGUAGCUCUCAGGCCAGAUCUGGCUCGCUUGAAGAAGGUGCUGUACUUCCACGAGAACCAGCUGGCAUAUCCGGUCCGCAAAGACCAGGACAGGGAUUUUCAAUAUGGAUACAACCAAGUGCUGUCAUGCUUGGUGUCAGACGUGGUGGUGUUCAACUCGCACUUCAACAUGGAAUCCUUCCUGUCCGCCAUCCCGAGUCACAUGAAGAAGAUCCCGGACCACAGACCCAAAAACCUGGAUGAGUUGAUCCGGCCCAAGUGUGUGGUCCUGAGCUACCCAGUUCAGUUCCCCGAUGUCACCAGAUUACUGCCUCAACACAAGCUGCUGAAGCCACGGCCUGUGGUGACGUGUCCCUCAGACCACAGCUCAUGCCGGGACGAGGACCGUCUGAUGCAGAGCAGGUGUGAAGAGGACCCACCUCAGUCCUCCUGUGCGGUCCAGCAGCCUGCAUGUGGAGAGCCCUUGAGCGACCAGGAGAAGCCUUUGCACAUUGUGUGGCCUCACCGGUGGGAGCAUGACAAAAACCCCGAGCUGUUCUUCAACACGCUGCUCAAGUUAAAGGAGCAGGAACUCCCCUUUCAGGUGUCUGUGCUGGGAGAGACCUUCACGGAUGUGCCAGAUGUUUUCUCCUCAUCUAGACGUUUGCUGGACUCUCAGGUUCUGAAUUGGGGCUUUCUGUCCAGUAAGGACGACUAUCUGCGUGUCCUGUGUGAUGCAGAUGUUGUCGUCUCCACCUCAAACCACGAGUUCUUCGGGGUUUCGAUGCUGGAAGCCGUCCACUGUGGCUGUUUUCCUCUGUGUCCUAAAGCGUUGGUGUACCCAGAGAUCUUUCCAGUGCAGUACCUGUAUUCCACACCUGAGCAGCUAUACAAACGGCUGAGGGAGCUCUGUAAAAGGCCUGGCAUCGCCCGCAGACACGUUGUCACGGUCGACACCUCUAAAUUCUCCUGGACCUCCCUGAAGUCUCAGUUCUUGGCUCUGCUGACAGAUGGGUGUGCUUGACUGCAGGGCUGCUCUUCUGGAUGUUUGCAUCUGGACCGUCGCGUCCCGGUCCGGUCCGGUCUGGUCCGGUCUGGGCCCAGGAGGACUGGCACACGUGGGUCCCGGUCCCCCUGGGCUACCGGGCCCAUCCUAAUGAUGGAGUCAUGAGGGAAUCCGUUGCUGUUUAACACUUAAAUGUAGAACUGAAGUGAUUUUUUUAUUUUAUUUUAUUUUUUUGUAUGUAAAGUUUUAAUAAAAAGUCUAAUUUUACAACAUGGAUGUAAUUUAAGUGAUUUAAAAUAAACUAAUACUUAUGUGUUUAGGAUUUGCUCCAUUAA